GGAAGUGACGGGAGAGGAGGGAAGGAGAAGGAGAAGGGAAGGGAAGGGAGGAGAAGAACGGGGAGCGCGCGGUGACGUGAGGGGGCGGCGCGCGCGGGGGCCGGCGGGAGCGCGUCCCGCCCUCCGGUGAGGGAGGAGAGGGCGGGAAAGCGGCGUGAGGGCAGCGCCGGCCGGUGAGGGAACGGAGAGGGAGCCGGCGACUGUGUGAGCCUGCCGCCCGCGCCGAGCAGCGGAGGAUGCGCCCGCCCGCCCGCCCUUCGUCCGCUCGGGCUCCGGCGUCUCUGAGGGAGCCGCGGAUGCAGCCCGAGAGGAGGAUGAAACCUUCUGCAGUGGGCAAACGAAAGUUGAAGGAGAGCAAUGCAGAAAGUGCUGAGUGCAUUUCCCAGGUGCAGAAAAUCCUGCGUGAAAGAUUCUGUCAGCACUGUGCUGCUGGAAAACUGUUUGGGCUGGAGCAGCAGUACAGACAUUUGCUGGAGCUGCUGAAAAGAACCACGGUGCACGGGGAGAGUAAUUCCGCCCUCAUCAUUGGCCCCCGGGGGUCCGGGAAAACGGCGUUAUUAAAUCAUGUCUUAAAGGACCUCAGGGAAAUGGAACAAGUGAGAGAGAACCUCCUGGAAGUCCAUCUGAAUGGGCUUCUGCAAACAAACGAUAAAGUGGCCCUGAAGGAGAUCACCAGGCAGCUGCAGCUGGAAAAUGUGGUUGGGGACAAAGUUUUUGGCAGUUUUGCUGAGAACCUUGCCUUCCUCCUUGAAGCUCUGAGGAAAGGAGACCGAACCAGCAGCUGCCCAAUUUUGUUUGUGCUGGAUGAGUUUGAUUUGUUUGUCCACCACAAGAACCAGACCCUGCUCUACAACCUCUUCGACAUCUCGCAGUCUGCACAGACCCCAGUGACAGUCAUUGGGCUCACCUGCAGGCAGGAUAUCCUGGAGCUCCUGGAGAAGAGAGUAAAGUCAAGGUUCUCCCACAGACAGAUAUAUUUGAUGAAUUCCUUUGAUUUUAAACAAUACAUUAAGAUAUUUAAGAGCCAGCUUUCUCUUCCUGCUGAGUUUCCUGAUGAGUCUUUUGCACAAAAAUGGAAUAAUAACGUUCAGCAUCUCUCAGAGGAUAAAACCGUGCAGGACGUGCUGCAGAACCUCUUCCACCACACCAAAGACCUGCGCUCGCUGCAUUUGCUCCUGGGAGCUGUGUGUGUGUUGCAGGGAGCUCUGUGUGUGUUGCAGAUGCUGGCUGGCAGCGCAGUGACCGUGCACCACCCGCUGCUCACGGCUGCAGACCUGCAGGAGGCCAGCAGGCAGCACAGCACCGACUCCAAGGCCAACAUUGUCCAUGGUUUGUCUGUGCUGGAAAUCUGCCUCAUCAUAGCCAUGAAACACCUGAACGAGGUCUAUGAUGGAGAACCCUUCAACUUCCAGAUGGUUUACAAUGAAUUCCAGAAGUUCAUCCAGAGGAAGGCACAUUCUAUGUACAACUUUGAGAAGCCAGUGGUCAUGAAGGCCUUUGAGCACCUGCUGCAGCUGGAGCUGGUGCAGCCGCUGGAGCGGCCGUCGGCGCGGGCGCAGCGCGAGUACCUGCUGAUGAAGCUGCUGCUGGACAGCAGCCAGAUCAUGGAGGCCCUGCAGGUGUACCCCAACUGCCCCACCGACGUCAAGCAGUGGGCAGCCUCCUCCCUCAGCUGGCUCUGAGCUCCACUGCCCCCGCUGGGAUGCUGGGAGCCCCGUCACAGGGAAUGUUUACCCGCAGGAAGGUGCUCGGAUCACUGAGUUUUGGAUCAGCUUUCUUGGCUGAUCCGUUUGGGAUUUUCUAGGGAGAACGGUGCUGCUGUUCCCUUCCAGCAGCCAGAACUGUGCCUCACUCACUCCCAGGUGCUUUAGCUCAGCUCAGUGCCAACUCCUGCUCUCACACUCCGUUCCCAGUUGGAGCAAUCCAAGCUCUGGGGCUUCUCCCCGUGGCUGAGGGCUCUGGAUGCUGGCUCAGGCCAUGCUGCCCUCCUGGCUCCCUUCUACAGCCCCAUUGGGUCACAGCUCACACUGCACUUUUCCAUCUCAAAUCUGACCUGACAUGGAAAAUUUAUCCAAUUAAAUCUUUAAUCACAGCUGAAUUUACUUCAUUAAAUGUUUAAUCCAACAGCCUGUUUCAUGCCAAGUACAAGGUAACAUCUUUCCAUACCCAAUUUUUUGGAGCAAAACUCAAAGAGUUUGGCUCAAGAGCUGCUGUAGGACCAGCCCCAUGUGUUUAUUGUAAAAUAAAAGUUUUCAAAGAAGCAUUUGCAAGUCAGAGUAGUCACAUUUUUUAUUUUCCCGCUGGGGAAGAGGGCAGAGUAUACAUUUGUAUUUGUACAAUAUUUAACAAUCACUUUAUUGAGGGCAAGGGGGGUUGGUUGGUUUUUUGGCACCUGCAGAAAAGCAGCAAGUGCCUUUUAACAGUAGUACAACAACCUGUGCCCAAAACACUGACAAAUACAAAGAGGAAAGUUAAAGUAAUCGCUCACCAAACUCGAGAGGUAACGAAGAGGAGAUGGACUGAAAAAAACAAACUGGAGGGAGAAAGCAAAGCAGUCCUGCUGGUUGAGUAUCUGAGGUAACAGAUGUUCCAUCAAGGAUGCUACUGGAGUCCUUUUGCCCAGGGACGUGUAUUGCAGCUUCCUGUGUUUUGUACCAAGUGUUCCUGAUCAACAGAAAU